AUGAGCGGCGAGGUCGGGCUCGGAGUCGGGUCACCAUUCAUUAGGUGCGCGCGCGCGGUAUCUGCAAUCAAGGUUGAGACUUUAGGUGUGUAUCCAAAGCUAAGGCAAAAACAAAAGAAACAACCUCUCUUGGGAUGUCCAGCAGUUUAUCAGAGUACCAAGAUGUCUCGAGAGACUGGAAAUGAAUCCCAGCAAUCUCAAGGUGCCCAGCAGUCUCAGGGUGGUACAAGUUCUUCCUCCAGUGGAUCACAGAGUGCCAGUCAGUCUUCUUCCAGUUCUGGGACCCUCAGUUCUUUGGACACAGUUCCUACUCAGGAACUUCCUUCAAUUCCUGAGGAUCAGGAACCUGAAGAAAUCGUUCCUCAGCCAUGGGGUCGACUCUUUGCACUUGGAAAGGGUUUCUGCAAUUAUGACUGCGUAAAUGACGAGUGUUGGUUUGGCAGAGACAGAAGCUGUGAUUAUAGCUUUGCUAAGCUAGGGUUGACCGAGACAGGCUUAUACCAAAACUACAGCAAGAAGCACUUCCGAAUCUUCAGGGAAAUGGGACCAAAAAACUCCUAUGUUGCCUAUAUUGAGGACCACAGUGCAAAUGGGACUUUUGUAAAUAAAGAGCUCAUUGGGAAAGGGAAAAGGCUCCCAUUGACUCACAAUUCUGAAAUUGCACUGUCUGUACAGACUAACAAAGUGUUUGUAUUUUCUGAUCUUAUGGUGGAUGAUCAGUCGGGGUAUCCCAGAGAAUUGAGAGAGAAAUAUAUUAUGUCAAAGACUUUGGGAAGUGGUGCCUGUGGAGAGGUUAAAUUGGCAUUUGAGAGGACCACGUGUAACAAAGUUGCUGUAAAGAUAAUCAAUAAACGGAGAUUUAUAACAAGCGCUGUGAGAGACACAGAUCCAGCUUUUAAUGUUAAUACAGAAAUUGAGAUUUUGAAGAAAAUAAAUCAUCCCUGCUUAAUCAAGAUAAAAAACUUCUUUGAUGCAGAAGAUUAUUACAUUGUUUUGGAAUUGAUGGAAGGAGGAGAGUUAUAUGACAGAGUGUCGAGAUCAACCAAGAUGAAAGAAGCUACCUGCAAGCUCUAUUUUUAUCAGAUGCUGUUGGCUGUAAAGUAUCUUCAUGAAAAUGGUAUUAUACAUCGGGAUCUAAAGCCAGAGAAUGUGCUACUUUCAUCUUCUGAGGAAACUUGUCUUAUAAAGAUUACAGAUUUUGGACAAUCCAAGAUUCUUGGAGAAUCAUCACUUAUGAGAACGUUAUGUGGUACUCCCACGUAUCUCGCCCCUGAAGUUCUCAAUUCACUUGGGACAGCUGGGUAUAGCCGUGCUGUGGAUUGCUGGAGUUUAGGAGUUAUUCUUUUUGUAUGCCUGUGUGGAUAUCCACCAUUCAAUGAACAAAACACUCAGCUAUGUCUGAAAGAUCAAAUUACCCGUGGAGAAUACACAUUUAUUCCAAGAGAAUGGAAGCAUGUGUCAGAUAUGGCUUUGGAUCUUGUGAAGAAGCUGUUAGUAGUGGAUCCAAAUAAACGUCUUACAACGGAAAAAGCCUUAGAACAUCCCUGGCUUCAGGAUGAAAGUAUGAAGAGCACAUUUCAAGAGCUACUCUCACAAAUAAGAGUCUCUAUGCAUCCACCACAGACAUCAAGACUGCCAACCACAACCCGAAAACGUCCCCAUGAAAAGGAAGAGGAAUCUGGCUCUUCUAAGCACGCUGUUCCUUCUACGUCAUUUCAGGAAAAAAAGUGA